CCGCGGGCCCCGGCCCCGGCGAGCCUGCUGCUCAGCCGCACGGCGCCUGCCAGGCCUCUGCCUGUCCCGUCGGAGCUGGCAGCGUCCUGCACCAGACCUCCGCAGCAUGGGGACGGUCAGCGAGCUCUGUGCCUCCAGUUUCCAGGCCUUCCUCUGCCCCUCGGUGGCUGCCAAGGCAGUGCCCAGUGACCUGACCCCGGAGGAGUGCCAGGAGCUGGAGAACAUCCGCCGCCGCAAGCAGGAGCUGCUGGCUGACAUACAGCGGCUGAAAGAUGAGAUAGCAGAAGUGACGAAUGAGAUUGAGAACCUGGGGUCCACGGAGGAGAGGAAAAACAUGCAGAGGAACAAGCAGGUGGCCAUGGGCAGGAAGAAGUUCAACAUGGAUCCCAAGAAGGGCAUCCAGUUCCUGAUCGAAAACGAUCUGCUGAAGAACACGUGCGAGGACAUCGCUCAGUUCCUUUACAAGGGAGAGGGCCUCAACAAGACAGCCAUCGGCGACUACCUGGGCGAGAGGGAUGAGUUCAACAUCCAAGUCCUGCAUGCCUUCGUGGAGCUGCACGAGUUCACCGACCUCAACCUCGUGCAGGCGCUGCGGCAGUUCCUGUGGAGCUUCCGCCUGCCCGGGGAGGCGCAGAAGAUCGACCGGAUGAUGGAAGCCUUCGCCCAGCGGUACUGCCAGUGCAACCCCGGCGUCUUCCAGUCCACAGACACCUGCUACGUGCUCUCCUUCGCUAUCAUCAUGCUGAACACCAGCCUGCACAACCCCAACGUCAAGGACAAGCCCACGGCGGAGCGCUUCAUCGCCAUGAACCGUGGCAUCAACGACGGGGGGGACCUGCCCGAGGAGCUGCUGCGGAACCUCUACGAGAGCAUCAAGAACGAACCCUUCAAAAUCCCUGAGGACGACGGCAAUGACCUCACCCACACCUUCUUCAACCCCGACCGUGAGGGCUGGCUCCUGAAGCUGGGAGGCGGGGGGGUGAAGACGUGGAAGCGGCGCUGGUUCAUCCUGACCGACAACUGCCUUUACUACUUCGAGUACACGACGGAUAAAGAGCCCCGUGGCAUCAUCCCCCUGGAGAACCUGAGCAUCCGUGAGGUGGAGGACUCGAAGAAGCCCAACUGCUUUGAGCUCUACAUCCCCGACAACAAGGACCAGGUGAUCAAGGCCUGCAAGACGGAGGCGGACGGGCGCGUUGUGGAAGGGAACCACACGGUGUACCGCAUCUCCGCCCCCACGCCCGAGGAGAAGGAGGAGUGGAUCAAGUGCAUCAAGGCAGCGAUCAGCCGGGACCCUUUCUACGAGAUGCUGGCUGCCCGGAAGAAGAAGGUCUCCUCCACCAAGAGGCACUAGCCGCCCGCGCUGGCCCCGCGAGGCCGGCGUGCCCCCGGCAGCCCGAGCGUCUCCCCUCCCAGGAGGGCUGCAGGGCUGGGGCUGCGCUGCAGCCUGGCCCUCGGGGCCCGGGACCCAGCUUCAGCUUCGCAGUUUCUUUACCGUGGGGUGAGGGAGGUGGCGCAAGCAUCUCGGUGGCUCUGGCCCCCGCCUCAUCUCCAGGAUGCCAUCUCCACAGGCUGGAGCUGGGACACCGACACCCCCCGUCCUGCCCCGGGCUGGGCCACGCGUGUGCACCAUCGUUCCUCCCGCCCCGGCCAGCCGGGGCACCGCGGGCACCCCCCCGGCUCCCCAUCCCCCAGCAAGCGUGCGGCUGCACGUGCUGCUGGUUCCUCCCCCCCGCCCCCAGCCCCCAUGUCCUGAAGCAUUUGGGGUGUCCCAUCAGGAAGGUGAGCGGCUGGCGGUUAGCAGCUGGCAGUUUUGGGGUGCUGCAGGUGCCGGGGUGAAGGGCGGCGGCCCCAGGGUGUCUGGGGGGCCCCGCAGAGACACAACUGCUGGCCCUCGUUGUAGCGGGUCUGGGUCUGUGCUGGGAUUCCCCACGCUGCUGCCUUGGGCCCUCCCCGGCACCAGGGACGGUCCCCGCGGGCGCGGGGAGGUGUCACCGUCACCGUGGGCGGCACAGACACGUCCUCGGUGCCCCGAUCCGGCAGCACGAGGUGGCAUCGCCCCCGGCACAUCCUUGCAGCACGAGCCCCUCGGCCAGGGGCAGGGGACGUCACGCCGGGGGUGGCCACUGCCACCUCGAGCACGAGCCCUCGCUGCCGAGCAGGAGGUGGGGUGUGCCGGGGGGUCCGGCCGGGCCGGGGGUGCAGCCCCCCCUGCCUCUGCCUUGCAAACGCCCGUGUCUUGUCCUGUUCCCCCAGCCACCGCGCGCGGUCUGGAGAGAGGCGCCUGGAUCAGUAUUAGUCUAUUUAUCAGAGGUGUAAAUACUCCUGUAUAGUUUUCUCCUUUUAGAUUAUUUUGUAUGUCGGGUUGUUCUGUGCAGAGGCCUCUCCAGAGGGUGGGGGGUGGCAGGAUUUUUUAUUCUAACUUUUUUUUUUUUUUUUUUUUUUUUUUUUUGCCACGGCCUUGUAAACUAGUGCUGAGGAUCUGCAACAAAUAAACACUGAACUGCGCUCA